CGGCCCCUUCCGCAGGCGGAAUCUCGCGAGAACUGUGAUCAGUACAGGGUCCCUGGAAGUCUCCGCGGGAGAGGGGCGGGGUCUCCGCUGGCAUCAUGGCGGACAGUGACGGGGAGACCCUGGAGUCCUGGCUGAAUAAAGCCACAAAUCCCUGUAACCGCCAGGAGGACUGGGAGUAUAUUAUUAGCUUCUGCGACCAGAUCAACAAGGAGCUCGAAGGUCCACAGAUCUCAGUCAGACUCUUGGCUCAUAAGAUCCAGUCCCCGCAGGAAUGGGAAGCACUGCAGGCCCUCACCGUUUUGGAAGCCUGCAUGAAGAACUGCGGGAGAAGGUUUCACAGCGAGGUUGGCAAAUUUCGCUUUUUGAAUGAGCUGAUUAAGGUCGUAUCUCCAAAGUACCUGGGAGACAGGGUGUCCGAGAAGGUGAAGAGCAAGGUUGUAGGCCUGUUAUACAGCUGGACGGUGGCUCUUCCCGAGGAGAGUAAAAUAAAGGAUGCGUACCAGAUGCUGAAGAGACAAGGAAUUGUGCUUGCUGAUCCUGUGAUCCCAGCGGAUCGAACAUUGAUCCCGUCACCUCCAGUGCGACCCAAAAAUCCAAUUUUUGACGAUGAAGAGAGGUCUAAGCUGUUAGCCCGGCUGUUGAAAAGUAAAAACCCAGAUGAUCUCCAGGAAGCAAACCAGCUGAUUAAAUCCAUGGUGAAGGAGGACGAGGUGAGAAUGCAGAGGGUGAGUAAGAGAGUCCACACCCUGGAAGAAGUGGAGAACAACGUGAAGCUGCUGCAGGAAAUGCUGACGCAUUACAGCAAAGACGAGUCCUCCGAGGGGGACAAGGAGCUUAUGAAGGAGUUGUUUGAAAGAUGCGAGAGCAAGAGACUCACCCUGUUCAAAAUGGCCAGCGAGACGGAGGAUAAUGACAGCAGCCUUGUCGACAUUCUCCAAGCCAGUGACAACCUGUCUCGUGCCAUCAAUAUGUACAAGAAGCUUGUAGAAGGCCAAGACAUCAAUGGUGAUCUGGAACUUCCAGAGAUAACGAACAAUAACGAAUUGACGGAGUCAAGCACCAGUCUACCCACUCUAAUCGAUCUGGCAGGAUUUGAGUCCACAAGUCCACCUGAAGACCCAAAGCCACUUCCAAAUGCGGCAGAACAGCCAUCUGCAUUGAUCCCCAUCCUCCCUCCUCCUCCACUUGUACCCACACAGUCCAGACCUCCUCACCCUUCUCUGGAUCACCUUCUUACUACCAUGAACAGUGCGUCCAACUCCCUAUGCUUACUCGAUGAAGAGCUUCUACAUCUAGGUAUUGAUGAUCCACCAUCAAGUGCAGCAAUAGAAUCAUCUUCCAGCUCCAAGUUGGACAUAUUCCAGGUGGACUGCAAAGAAAUAGAUUUUUUCACAAGGCCGUCACUUGAUCCACUUACCUCAACCUCUACCCCAUUAUUGGCACAACCAGUAAUACCCAUGGGAUCGGUUAAUUCCUACUCCUCACCUACUACCUAUACUACUGUAUUUAGUACUACUACUACUAUAGAAGUGCCCUCAACUGCCCCACUUAUAGGUGGCAUCAAACUACAUGAGCUUGAAGUGCUUGGGCAGCAACUUUUGGAGGAAGCAAAGGGAGCAUCAAGUAAGGCUUCAGCUUCUGCUACCGUUCCCAGCACAAUACCGACAGUGCAGCCUCCAAAUGCUGUUGGAGCUAUGGUUUCUGCACCGUCACUUGGCUCCUUGCCUGUUGCUCCUAGUAGUCCACUUUUCCUAUCGCAUCAGCAGGAAAGUCCUCAGAAAGGCUCCUAUAUAUCCCUCUCCAAUGUGACUGUACCUUUGGAAUCCAUUAGACCCAGUUCCCUCCUCCCUCUCACUGCUUAUGACAAGAAUGGCUUUCGUAUACUGCUGCACUUUGCUAAGGAUUGCCCUCCAGAUCGUCCCGAUGUCCUGGUGGUCAUCAUCUCGAUGAUUAAUACCGCCCCACUGCCAAUCCGAAAUAUUCUCUUUCAGGCAGCGGUUCCGAAGACAAUGAAGGUGAAGUUGCAGCCGGCAUCCGGGACAGACUUGGCAGCGUUCAAUCCUAUCCUGCCCCCAGCAUCUAUUACACAAGUCAUGCUACUGGCAAACCCUCUGAAGGAUAAAGUGCGGCUUAGGUAUAAACUGUCCUUUGCACUCGGAGAGGAAUCCAGCACUGAGGUGGGGGAAGUGGACCAGUUCCCGGACACUGAUCAAUGGGGAAAACUAUGACCCGAGAUUUCUAUUUUCUAAUUCAGACUGUGAUACUGAAUGUGCGGUGACCUUGCUUCUGAGUUCAGGUGGUUUACAGAACCCAUAGGCACUGGCAGUGGAAUAACUAGACUCGGAGGCAGCAAGUAACAGGGACCCUCUCAGCACUUUACUCUCAUCACCCAUUAGGGCUCUUCUUGCUGCUCUCGUCAUUACACUGACACCCAGUAUAAACCUUAUCUAGAGACUUGGGACCAGACUUUCAGAUGGACCUGUUAUUUCUGUAUACAGUAUUAUGCUUAUUUAUUAUAGAAACAAGUCUGCAUCAUUAAAUGUCAAAAUCAAAUUUAGAUCCACCUCUCCUACUUUAAUAGUCAGCUCAUAGUACAUCUUCAAAAACAUACGACAUGAACAGCCAUAGAAACGAGCUAAAGAUUGGCUUUAGCUUAAAGUGUUCCUUUAAGUCCUGAAACGGUUUCUUUAAAGGUUAGGGACACCUUCGGGGCAACUUUUUUUUACGAUUGCAUUUUACUCAUUUUGGGCUAAAAAUAAUUUUUUUCAUUUGGUCUUUAUUGAAAAAUUUUCAGAAGUUUAUGUAGUACAUGUAGUUAAAAUAAAUCAGUCUGUUUCUAGACUGUCCCUCCUAAGUUCCGUCAGCUCAUGUGAAGCCUUAUCUCUGAUCUCCUGAACUCAUAAACCCUCAUUAUAGCUAAGCUCUUAUUAAACUUAUAAGAAUGACUUGAAUGUAUAUAUCACCUAUCAAAGAAACAAGGCACGCUGCUACAACUCAAGAUAUAUUUAUUGAAUUCUCAAUUAAAAUACAUAAAAUCAAGGGGAAGUACAUGCACUGAAAUGACAAACAUCAAGGUGGUACAGGUAUCAAAUAAAAUGACUGCGCAAGAAUUACCAUUAUAGUACAUUAUAGUGAGUCAUGGGGCUAGAAAGUCAUAGUAAAAAUACUAAGUGCAUGCAGUAAUUGUGCAAAAAUGCAUACCAUCUAACCGCUAUUGCAUAUAGAAAAAAAAUGUGCUACAGCAAGUGGCACAUACAUAAAGAAUCAAUAACCAUGGUGAAAAACCAAAGGAUUGCAUAGAACACUGGUCGAAGAAGUAUCAUGAAUUGUAUAACUGAGUAACAAUAGCAAUAGACAUAUACCUACCACACUUGGAAUAAUUUCAGUGUAUUUUCUCUCCCUUGAUUUUAUGCAAUUUAUGUAUUUUAAUUGAGACUUCAAUAAAUAUAAUUAUAUUUUAAGUUGUGCUACUGUGCCUUGUCUUUUUCAUAGGUGAUACCUAAGAUAAAGAGGCCAGCGUUAAAACUAAAAACUCCGCUGGAAGGAGAUCUGACAGAUUUAUUAAGAGACGCAUGCCUGUUAAUAAAUUUGUUGCAUUUUUCUGCUGUAUCUGCACCAGAAACUGGAAUCUACUGUAGGCAGGAGCUGGCGUAGAUCCCUUGUGUAAUGUGCAGCAGAUUUCUGGAGCACAUGUUAAAUGAGACAGGGUAUGGAGGUCCCGCUCACUUUUUGGAAAAGUGGCGAGGGUGUUGGAAAAAGCUAAAAAGUCACAAACUGCCACUUGUGACAAAAUUUGCAACUUUUCUACGCCAGAAAACUGGUGUAGACCAAUAGUAAACCCCCAAUGUCUUAAGAUAAUGUUCACCACUCCACCUGUCUCAUAUCUGGGGAGACUGCUUCUGUUCUAUGUUAAAGACCGAUAAAGCACUGACCAAAAUUCAGUGGUAGUCAACACUCCAUAUAAGAAAUGUAUCAGGGUGAGGUCACAAAUGCAGAUUUAAACUCCUUUGUAAGUAGUGUAUUUUCUUCCUUGGGACCUAGAAGUUUAUUUUAUGAAGGCAAUUUAGAGACCAGGAGACAUCUGUCACAUUUGUUUCAACACCCAUUUCUCAAGAGAGAAACCAGUCCCCCUGUGCUGUGCCAUAAAGGAAUAAAACAUUGAGGUCGUCUUUUAGGAAAAGGAAAUGCAAUCUUGUAUUUUGCAAACUCAUUUUUAUCCGGACAAUUCUACUGUAGAGGAUCAAGCAGAUGGACGUCUCCAAGUCUUCUCAAGGCUCCCGACUGUGAAUUCUGGAAGUCCAACCGUUGUAAGACUGAAAAGUACUGUAAUGUUUGUUGUGUGAACAUGUCACCAAGUACAAAUCUAAAGUGUGACUGUUGGUUUAACUUUAGCAUGUUUAAUAAAGCCUUCGUCUUGUUUGUUC